CGACAGGUUACCGCUUGUGGACGUACUGUUUAGUGUUCUCUGUUCGGCGACGAAAUGGGUUUGGCAACGCCAUUAUGAGAAGCCAAGAACGGUAAAGGCGACGGAUGGGGAAGAGAGCGGACGGGAGAGGGCGGCGAAGAUGGGGAAGAGAAGCGAUGCACAAGUAGUUUCAGUCUAUACCGUCAUAUGAUGGAGACUAUGCCGAGGCGCUUGAGCCAAUCGCAGACGGCCGGGGUUCUGUGGCUCCUGUGGCGCGAAACAUGGCCUGUGCGGAGUAAGUUCAAAAGUUCGAAGAAGCUCUCCUUUUCUUCGCAACACAAGUCAUGAAUUGCCACACUUGCUCGCGACGGGCGCUACACCAAUGCAUUCGCUCAUUCACCGAUACUGAACUUUCCGCUUUCACUCGGGCAGGAGCUUUUCAGAGCCCGCAACAAACACGAUACUUCUCCGGGGCCCAUCGGCCGCAGCUCCCGCAACGGGCACGCGCAGAGCCACCAAAGCCGUUCGCGACGAAUCUGCGACAGACAGAUAAACCCGUAGAGUCAAAGAAAGAUAUACCGCUAUGGCUGGUCGAAAAGGAGGCCGUCAAGCAGAAGCUCGGUGGAGCCGCAUGGAAUCCGCGCAAGAAACUCUCUCCAGACACAAUGGAAGGCAUACGGCAUCUGCACGAAACACAACCAGAUAGGUUUACGACGCCGAUUCUUGCACAGCACUUUCAAGUCUCACCGGAGGCCAUCCGUCGAAUACUGAAGAGCAAAUGGAGACCUUCGGACGAAGAACAGGAGGAGAGGCUGAAGAGGUGGGACAAGCGUGGAGAGAAGAUAUGGUCGAACUUGGUGGAAUUGGGCAUCAAACCGCCGAAGAAGUGGAGGGAAAUGGGCGUGGGAAGGGCGGAGCGGGGGGAGAAACCAAAGUGGAAGUCAAAGACGAGAAACACAGUGGAUGUCCGUGACAGCUUCAGCGAGGAUAUCCUACCGAUAGUGGACAGCUCCGGGGAGUCGAGGCACCCGCGGUGGGAGGAUAAGCCUCUGACCGAGCGGUUGGGCAUCUGAAGCAGGCUGCGGCAGACGAAAUUAUCGACUACGCCGCUUGCUUCUCCUACGGAGCC